AUGCAGGGAAGGCCGGCGUAUCCGGCCCCACGGUCCUACCCACCUACGCCGCCGCCCGGGCUGCCGCCGCCGCCGCCGCCGCCGCCGCCAUCCGACAGCCUUGCCGAGAGGGAGGAGGAGGAGCUGCAGCGCGCCAUCCGAGAGUCGCUCGAGGCUCAGCCUCCUCCGCCGGCGCGUCCUCCACCGCCCCCGACAGCAAACAUGACCGAGGAGGAGCACCUCGAGUAUGCGCUGUGGGCGUCCCGGCAGGCAGAGCCCGCGCCGGCCGCACGGCUCUCGUCGCCGCCGCCGCCGCCGCCGCCUUACCAGCCGCCUCGGCAGCCGCUGCCGUCCCAGCCCCAGCCGCUCCCUUACCAUCCGCCUCGCCAGCACCAGCCCCCGCAGCCACCCGGCCGGCCUCUGGCAGCUCCCCUCGCGCCUCCUCCUGCGCGAGCCUCCUUUUCCUCUCCCUCGCCGCCGCAAGGGCCGCCAGCGCCAGCGCCACCGCCUCGCGCAUACCACUCGCCGCCGCCGCCCGCCGAUGCACCCCUCGCUUUCGCGCCCGCCACCUCCUUCCAGCCGCCUCCUCUGGCGCAGCCGCAGCCUCCGGCAGCCGCAGCCGCGCCGCGUCCCCCCGCACGGUCUGGCAUUCCGGCGUCGGCCCUGGCGAGCCCGCUUGGCACGCUCCCGCCGCCGCCGCCUUUCUUUCCGCCGCGCGUCGCCCCCGCCGCCCCUCGGCCCGGGCCCGACGGCGAGCCCCCUCCGGAGGGCGGAGGAGGGGGCAUCUCGUCAGACAGCCUCUCUGCCGGCGGGCUCCUCGCCUCGCGCCGCCGCUCGACCCACCAGCCGCCGAGGGUUGCAAAGCUGAUCGAGAUUGAGCCCGACCCGCCUCCGCCUCGGACCGGCAACCUCGCCACCCCCCUACACCCGGACACGCAGCCCUUCGCUGCAGCGGCGCCCGAGGCCGCGCGGACCUCCUCCAACGGGUCGGAGGACUUGAUCUCUUUCCGAGGAGAGCAGCGCAACCCGCUCGACUGGACCGCUCAGUUUGCGACGCCCGUCUUCCCGGCCGCGGUACGCCCGGCCGCGGUACUGCCGGCCGCCACGCACGCCACUCCGCCGCCGCAGCCGCUCCUCGCCCCCUCUCUUCCUCGCGACCUUCCGCCCCCUCCCUCGCAGCCACUCCCAGCGACGCCGCCGCACGAGACGCCGCCGCCUCCGCCUCCGCCGCCGCCGCAACAGGCGCCGUACCCCGGCACCGCGCCUCCGCCUGCCGGCCCGAGCUGGCUUCGGAAGGGCUACCCCUCUACGGGCUACCCCGCUGCGCAGGGAGGAGGGGCGCCGCCCCCCUCCUACCCCGCCCCCCCCUCCUACCCCGGCCGCUCACCUCCCGAGGCAGCUUGCGGAGAUAUGGGGAGAUAUGGGGAGAUCUCACCUCCCGCACCAGCUUGCGGCCCGCAGAGCGGCGCGGGCGGGCUAGCGGCGGCCGCGUCUGCCGGCGGCGGCUACGGCAGCCUCCCGCCCCCCCCCGGCGUCCGCAACAGCUUUCCAAUCGCUCCGUCGGCCGCGCCGGUCUCGCCUCGCGCGCUGGCUGCUGACGCGCCGCCGCGCUCCGCUGCCGCGCCGAACGAGCUGCCGCCCGAACGUGACGCUGGUCCGGCGGACGGGACGCCGGUCUGGCUCCGCUCCGCCGGCAGGGCGCUCGGCGCGACCCCCGCCGAGCCUGCUUCGGGGCGAGAGGCUCCUGCCGGCCGGCGGGUUGCGGAGGUCGAGGCGCUCCUCUCGUACGGAAAGGUCGAGCAGGCUGUGGCGGCGGGCUGGCGCGGCGGAGAGGCGGAGCGAGCGCUCGUCCACCACGGAAGCCCUGCCCACUCCACGCUCGAGCUCUACCUGCAGCCCGCCUCGGAGCCGGGCUUGUCGCUGAGCGACCGCCGCGGCGUCGCCCUUGUCGAGUCGGUCGAGCAGGGCUCGGAGGCGGCGGCGGCGGGGCUCAGGCGCGGCGACGUGGUUUGCGCGGUGGACGGCGAGCCGCUCUACACGUGCGAGGCUGUGUCCGAGGCGGUGCUCUCCGCCUCCCUCGCGCAGCGGUACGGCCCUUCCCUCGCGCUGCUGGUGAGGCGGCCAGCGCGCCCAAAGCACAAGAGGGCCGCCCCCCUCUGGCAGCGCGAGGCGGCGGCGAGUGAGCUGCAGGCGGCGUGGCGCGCGGCGCGCGGCCGUCUGCCCGAUCCACCGCCGCCGGCACCGCCUCCCACGCCGGCGCCGGUGCAGCCGCCCGCACCGCCCACUCCCGCUACACCGCCCGCUGCACCUCUCGUCCCUUCAGCCGCGCCGGCGGCCCGCCCCUCCUCUACGGCCGCGGAGCUCGCGGCGCGCGCAGCGAAGCUCUCGCAGACGCCCGUGCUGGCGCCGGGAGAGGAAGAGCUCGAGGAGGCGCCGCAGUUGGCACCGUUGCCCCCGCCGAUGCUUUCCGGGAGGAGCGAGGAGGGCAGCGCCGAGGAGGGCGGCUCAGCUUUGGGAGGGGAAGAGGUGGAGGAGAGGGCAGCGGAGGAAGCGCUUGCGGCGGAGGCGGCAGCGGAGGAGGAGGAGCCUGCGGGGCCCGCAUCGGAGGUGGAGGGCGUGGUGGUGGUGGUGGAGGAGGAGGAGCAGGAGGGCGGCGGCGCUGGUUGCGCACUGGAGUCCGUCCGUGCUUCGGGCGGGGAGGCGUCGCGGGGAGAGCGGUCGCCGGCGAGGGAAGCGGCUGCGGCGGUGGCUGCGGCGGCGGUGGCUGCAGCGGCGGCGGCAGCGAUAGCUUUUGAGGCGGCGGCGGUGGAGGCGGAGGAGGCGGUGGAGGCGGAGGAGGCGGAGGAGGCGGAGGAGGCGGAGGAGGCGGAGGGGCUGGCAGCGGGUCCACCGGCGGAGUCCUCUGGGCAGGGGGCGAGGGGCUCGUUGGGAGAGGGCGGCAGGGAGGAGGAGGGCAGCACGGAGGAGGGCAGCGCGGGCGCCGGGGCGCCGCUAGCCGCUGCGCCCUCGUCGCCCUUCGAAGGCGGCGCCCCGCCGACGCUCCGCCGCAGCGACUCUGGCUCGACCCUCUACUCGGAGACGGGAUCCGUCACGUCCUCCUGCGCCGACGGCCGGCGGGGAGGGAGCCGUGCCGACUCGCGAGCCGCCGCGCGGGUGGAGCGCGAGGCGAUGCGAGCGCGGCUUCAGCACGAGGUGUCGCUGCGGCAGGCGGCCAGCAUCGAGGAGAAGCAGCGGCGGAGCGAGGCGCGCGCCGCAGCCGCGGCCGAGCGCGCGCGCAACUCGCGGCACCGGGGCGAGGAGCGCGAGGGAGAGCGGCGCGCCGCGGCGGCGUUUGUGGAGCAGGCGUCGGUCGUCUUGGACGAGCUCGACGCCGCCGUCGCCGCCCCGUCAGCUGAGUCGCGCGGGGAGGCGGCCGCGGGCAGGGCUCAUUCGGGAGGGGACAAGGCGGCGGCUCCGCAGGCUGGCACGGCGGCGCACCUCCGGCAGCCGAGCGAAGAGGCUGCCGCGGCGCGGGUGAUGGCGGCGGCGAGGGCAGAGCUAGCGCACGCGGCUGCGGCGGCGGAGGAGGCGGAGGCGGAGGAGCGGCACGCCAUUACGCCCGCGCCGGCAGACCCGCCAUCCCCGGUGGCCGCGGCGCGCGAUGCGGAGGCGGACGACGCAGGCGGCGCGGCGGCCGCUGCGGCUGCGGCGGCGGCGGCUGCGGCGGCAACGGCGGCGGCGGCAGCUGCGGCGGCGGCGGCGGCGACCACCGAGGUGGCGCAGCCGCCGACCACGCCGGGCGGCCCGCGGCCCGCGGCGGCGAGGGGCGGGUUCCUCGGCGCUUUCUUUGGGCAGCGAGCGGCGCCCGCCAUCGCGUCUCUGGGGGCGAGCGGCCAGGCGGCGAGAGGGAGCGUCGGCGGUGCGGCUGGCGAGGCGGCGAGGGCGCCCCAAGAGCGGGGGGGCGAGGGGGCGGCGGGGCAGGGCGUGGGCGGGAUGUCGGAGGAGGAGGCGCUCGCCCUCGCCCUCGCUAACUCGAUGGAGAGCUCGCCGCCGCCGCCGCCGACGGCGUCGCCCGAGGCGAUGAGCGAGGAGGAGCAGCUCGCGUAUGCCCUUUCCCUCUCGGCAGCAGCGGACGUUGGGCCGCCCGCCGCCGCCGCGAACGGCGCUUCCGAGGACGAGGCCUUGGCGUGGGCGCUUCAGGAGUCGCUCAACGCAGAGGCGGCCGCGCAGCCCGGCGGCGGGGGGGCGCCUCCCGCCGCCCCGCCGGCGGGGCUACGCGUGGUCGUCACCGGCGCGGCGGAGGUCUCUGCGGGCGGGCGCGGGGACACGCACAUGGUCUACUCGCUCGAGGUGGAGGGGCAGCGGAGGCCGGCCCGCACGUGCACGCGCCGCUUCUCCGCCUUCGUCGAGCUGCUCAACCGGCUCGGGCGCGAGGCGCCGGGCGAGCGAGUCUCGCGAGAGGCGCGCGGCUGCGUCGACGGGUGGAAGACGCGGCUGCUCGUCGAGAAGCGGCACGCGGGCAGGGGCGCAAAGGCGCCGGCCAUCGUGUCGGCGCGCGUCGCGCUGCUGCAGCGCAUGCUAGACGAGCUCCUCGCUUUCCCCGAGAUCUGCUCCUCCGCCCCGCUGGCGGCCUUCUUGGCGUAG